AAUCAGAGAAGGAAAUCGACCUGGUGCCAAAAAACUAUUGAUUGUUUUUAUGAAUGAUAAGACAACUGCGUCAAGCGACAAUUUGAUGAAUGUACGAAGGAUGGCUGAAGAGUCGGGUGUUGAUGUUAUUGUUAUUGGUCUUGGAUCGCGUGUUAGUCCGGAACAAAUGGUACAACUGGUUACUGAUGGUGAUGAUAUCAUCCUAGCUAACAUAAACGGUGAAGUGGAUUCUGCAGUAAAAAAGAUAGCUGACAAAGUUGCUGAGACAUCAAGGAAAGUUCCUUCUCCAUGUGAAAAACUGCAAUGCCACUUGUACACUCGGUGUGUUAAUGGCAAAAUUGCACGAUGUCAAUGUCCAUUAAUAUCUAAGUGUGCAACAACUGGUCAAUCAGUAUGUGGUAGUGAUGGUGAGGUUUAUGUUAGUAUUUGUGCAAUGCAAGCUGAGAGUUGUAAGAAGAAUAUUACUGUUACUAUGGCCAAGCCUGGAGAAUGCGGAAUAUCUGAGACAACGUUAGUGUUUGUUAGUGCAAAUGAAAGAACAGGUAAAGAACCGCGUAUUGCAUGGCGAUCUAGCAUACCAGCUAUAUUCAAGUGUUCACUGGAUAGUAGACCUUUCGUCAGGUGUGGAGAUCUUAAUGGAUUGAGAUAUACAGGGCAAUGGAUUGGAAGGAAUAUUUCUGAAGGUCUUCAUAUACUUCGUGUAACACCGGUUUAUGCAGAUGGGAGUGAAGGAACAACAAUAUCUCAUUCGUGGAUUGUUGAUUCCACUGCUCCUUUUGUUAUAAUCAAUCCUUUCGCAUCUUUAACUCGGCAAAAUUCCCCUCAAUUCCGAUGGACUUCCAAUGAGAAUGCGCUGUAUAAAUGUGCAAUCGAUGAUUCAACAACGUUAUUUGACUGUGGAUCAGGUAGAACAUCAAGAUGGCAGUCGUUCGAUUUAACUGAUGGUCAACAUACAUUUUAUUUAAAUGCUGAAGAUUUAUUUGGAAACAGAGCCGCAACACAGGAUCUGACGUUCACAGUUGAUACCACGCCUCCUUUGGUGACAUUUGUUUUACCACCAGAACAAACACCAACAAUGAUCUUACUCAAGUGGACGUCUAAUGAAUUUGCGUUCUUCCAUUGUGCCCUAAAUGACUCUAUGUAUUUGGAAUGUGGGGAAGGCAUAUCAUCACAAUGGCGUAGUUCUUCAUUAGGUGUUGGUCUUCAUACGUUGCACGUUCGAGCUACUGAUAGAGCUGGAAAUAUCGCUACGAGAAAAUCAUACAGCUGGAUAGAAGCACCAUUCGAAAUCAAAAUUACAGAGCAACCUCCUCCAUAUGGAAAUCGUCAACCUGUUUUUAAAUGGACAGCCACAAGAACAGCAACCUUUUUGUGUUCUUUGGAUAAUCAACUUUUCAGAUCAUGUGGACAAGGAUUAACUGGUCAAUGGACUUCAAGAAACAUAAUUCCAGAUGGAAGACACACAUUUAGAUUGAGAGGAACUGAUAGUCGAGGAAAUAUCGUGGAUAUAACAGUUGAUAAUUGGUUGAUUGAUACUGUUCCUCCAACCAUUACUUUUAAUGAUCCUCCUGCAAGAACAACGAGUUUUCCUUCCAUUUCAUGGCAGUCAACAGAAUCAGCUGUCUUUGAAUGUUCACUGACAAUGGACGAUAUGAAAAUUGUGGUAGUGGACGUACUGGAACAUGGAAUGGAAAUGAUUUAAGAGAUGGUAGACAUUAUUUGUCAGUGAGAGGAAGAGACUCUGCUGGUAAUAUAGGAAGAACAGUAACUCAUCAAUUUGAUGUUGCACCAUUCGAAAUCAAAAUUACAGAGCAACCUCCUCCAUAUGGAAAUCGUCAACCUGUUUUUAAAUGGACAGCCACAAGAACAGCAACCUUUUUGUGUUCUUUGAAUAAUCAACUUUUCAGAUCAUGUGGACAAGGAUUAACUGGUCAAUGGACUUCAA